AUGGCCGAUGUAAAAGCAAAGGCGGAGGCCCUAGUGCCCAAAUUCAAGCUCGAUCGCAUCCUCAACCAAGACCAAGCAGGACGUCGCAUCUCCCUUUACGGUUCUAUCGACGACCAGCCAGCUCUACUAAUCCUCGAACGAGCUCCCUUCCCAACCUCACAAAACUACCUCACCGAUGUUCCCGCUCAGCUCGUGCGGAUUCAGAAUCUGGGCGCGAAUGAUAUCUACCACUGGUUCAUGGGCCGUAGCGGCACUGAGACGACCAAGCCUGACGACGCCGAUUUCUUCGCUGAUCUCAAAAUCAACUUGAUUUACCCAUGUACCGAAACGCACGUCAAAAAGUAUAGCAAGCAGGGUGUUCGGUUCGUGACAGAGACACCAGAGAUUUACAAGGACCGUAUUCGACCGUAUAUGCUCAGCAAGAGGGAGGAAGGACGACUCAAUGGGAACGAGGCUUUGGUGAGGCCCGGUGAUGAGGGUUUCCUCAUGCUGCCAGACCUCAACUGGGACCGCAAGACGCUCGAUGCGCUGCACCUGCUGGCGCUUGUCGAACGACGUGAUAUCUGGUCGCUGAGAGACCUUCGCAAGAAGCACAUUCCCUGGCUACAGCACAUGAAGACCCAUCUUAUCGACGCCACUGUCAAAACGUAUCCAUCUAUCGAGCCGGACCAGCUGAAACUCUAUGUGCAUUACCAGCCCACAUAUUACCACUUUCACAUUCAUAUUGUUCAUGUCCAGCUCGAAGCUGGUGCCACUCAGGCGACGGGCAAGGCAGUCGGACUCGAGAGUAUCAUGGAAACGCUGGGCGCAAUGAGAGGCAAGUGA